UAAUAAUGUUAAUGGUUUAUUGUGGUUAUAGGAAAGUAACCACAGUGGUAACAUAAAUCACAUCUGCUGGUUAUUCAUUAGUCUUUGGAAAUGGCAUCUGUUGUUCAUUGGUUUCGUCUAGACUUACGAAUUCAUGACAACCUUGCACUACGAAACGCUAUAAAUGAGGCGGAAAAUCGCAAAUAUUUGUUAAGACCCGUAUUUAUUAUCGAUACAGAUAUCAAGCAGAAAAUUGGCGCAAAUAGAUUACGAUUUUUAAUACAAAGCCUUCAAGAUUUGGAUAUUAACUUAAGAAAACUUAACUCACGCUUAUUUAUUUUGAGAGGCAAUGCCAAAGAACUGUUUUCUAAGUUAUUUGAUGAAUGGCAAGUGAAAUAUUUAACAACCCAAGUUGAUAUUGAUCCUGAAAUUGUACAACAAGACGAAAUCAUUGAAAAACUCGCAGAAAGCAAAGAUAUAUAUAUUGUGAGAAGAGUGCAACAUACAGUAUAUGACGUUCAUAGUGUAUUAAAGAAAAAUAAUGGUAAUGUGCCUUUAACUUAUCAGAAGUUCCUGUCUUUGGUGAAUGAUAUAAAUGUGAAAGACACCAUUGAAAUAACUAAAACCUUGUCUGAUCAUUGCAAACCAUCUGAUUUGGAAUCAAAUAAUUAUAAUGUGCCUACACUUCAGGAACUAGGAAUAGAUGAAAGUUCACUAAAUCCAUGUAAAUAUCCUGGAGGUGAAAUAGAAGGUCUUAAAAGGCUUCAUUUGUACAUGGCUAAAAAACAAUGGGUAUGUAAGUUUGAGAAACCUAAUACUUCACCAAACAGUAUUGAACCCAGCACAACAGUUUUGAGUCCAUAUUUGAGCCAUGGAUGUUUAUCUUCAAAACUAUUUUAUCAUAAACUUAAGCAAGUAGAAAAUGGAGUGCCACACUCACAACCUCCAGUAUCAUUGUUGGGUCAGUUGAUGUGGAGAGAGUUUUAUUACACAGCAGGAGCUGGAACAGAAAACUUUGAUAAAAUGGUUGGUAAUCCAGUUUGUACUCAAAUACCUUGGGUUAAAAAUGAAAAUUAUUUAAAAGCUUGGGCAGAAGGUAGGACAGGUUAUCCAUUUGUAGAUGCUAUUAUGAGACAACUUAAACAAGAGGGUUGGAUUCACCACCUUGCAAGACACAUGGUGGCUUGUUUUCUAACCAGAGGUGAUUUGUGGAUAUCAUGGGAGGAAGGAGCCAAAGUCUUUGAAGAUUAUUUACUUGACUAUGAUUGGUCUCUCAAUGCUGGUAAUUGGAUGUGGCUAUCUGCAUCUGCAUUCUUCUAUAAAUACUUUAGGGUAUAUAGCCCAGUAGCAUUCGGAAAGAAAACAGAUAAGGAAGGUCUUUAUAUCAGGAAAUAUGUUCCAGAGCUUAAGAAAUAUCCAACAGAAUUUAUUUAUGAACCUUGGAAAGCCCCAAAGUCAGUGCAAAAGACGGCUGGUUGUAUUAUUGGUGAAGAUUACCCUCAAAGAGUAGUAGAUCAUGAUAAAAUCCACAAAGAAAAUAUGCAGAAGAUGUCUGCAGCAUACAAAAACAACAAAGAAAAGAAAUCACUUAAAAGAAAAUUGAGUACAAACUAAAGUCUGUGAAAUAUUCCUUUGCUAGUAAGAUGUAUAAUUGGUUGAAUAACCUAUGUGUGAUAAAUAAUAAGUACAAAGUAAGAUUAAUAUAUUUUUUUAAUAUUCUACAAAUAAAAUAGUAUUGUAUAAAUUAUGGAGGCUAAUUUAAUAUGAAA